AUGGAGACACAGCGCAUGCAAAUGCAGCGACUGUACGAUGCAGGCACAGAAUUAAAUCAGGGCCCGUUGAGGGUUAAUCCAAAUCUCCCACUCCAAUCGUCCCUGCCUUCGUCGCAAAGCGGGGAUCGAUCCCCUCCAACCAAUGGUUUGGCAAGGACGACCUCCAAAAGGCGAAGGCCAACUGGGACUGGACCUGGAAGGACACCAAUCGAGAGCUUUCCACAACCUCCUGCUCCCGAAGUACCGAAAGCACCACCUGUUUCGUACCGUCCUCCACAUGGCAGCGAGACCUACAGCCCACCCGAAGGCAACUUUCCAGCCUCUUUUGCAGAGCGAGCGCGUGUUCUGACCGGAAAGUCACUACCCGCAGAACCACCAGAUCUCAACCCUGAGCCCCUCCCUCAGCCAGCACGGCCAGAGAGACGAGGAAGUCUCAAUCGUCCCAUUGGUGGAUUAUACUCAGAAAUCCAGAAGCACAAAAGAGACUCAUACCCUCCCCCUAACGGUCCUAUAUCACCCAGGCGGUUCUCAAAUCCAGCAAGCCCACGACAAUUCGAAUCUAGAAGUGGCAAUCCUCCUAGUCGAAAAAGCAGCUCAGCAACAGCUCAGAAAACCCCAGAAACUCUGUCUCCUGCUACCCAGCCGAGUGCUAGACGUGCUCCAGCCAGUGUAGCGCAACCACAAGGAAGAGAGUGGGCGCCAGAGCAUUCGCCGUUGCAGAAACUCGAGGUCGAGCUUACCAGCAAAGAAAAGAAACGAGCACGUGUAGAGGCUGCUGAACGAAAGCUUCGGGAAUCUCAGGCCCGCAACAGGCAGCACGACUCUGGUCGAGAAAGUGACUUUGCCGCGGAUCGAAGCACAUCAAGACGUGUUUCUAGAUAUACUGGUGCUGCUAAAUCACGAAGAUUUCCUGACCAGACUGAAGUCAAUUGGCCUGACGGGCACAGAGAACAACCGAUUCGCGAAUCACAACCACAACGAACUUCAGGAAGGACAUAUUCUGACUCCUACCAGCCUUUGUCUUCAAAUCGUACCGGCAAGACAUCUACAAGAUCGACCGAGACGCCCCAGUCCGACCAGCACCAAGGACGAGGCGUGAGAUUCCAAGGCGAAGAGGAUACUGAAGAUCUUGAUGCCUACUCUAGCGAUAUGGACAAGGCAGACUCGCGCAGUCACAGGAGAAGUUGGGGAACGGAAGCAUUGGCAAGAUCAGAUCAAGAACGUGCUGCUCGGAGAGACAAAUUUCGUCGAGACGCAGUAACGGUGGGAAAACGGACGCCAUCCAGAGACGUACCCACAGAACAAAAGGAGCUGUACAAUAGUAGAGUGGAGAGAUUGAAUGAAGAUGCGUCAGCCGCAACUUAUGGAGGCGCACCAGACCCUGUACCACGGCAUACUGUACAGGACCAAGGGCAGGCUACAAAAUACGGAAUACCUCCACAAACUGCUGCUGGUAUCCAGGCCAGACAGAUCGUGGGAUUUGGCAGUGGGUCGCAGGGAGUGAUCGAGGGUCACGCAGAUCGAAAACAUCACCUCUCCACCAUCUUGCAUCGAGGUCACAACCACACUGCCAGUGCGUACGAACAGCCCAAUGCUAGGCCAAGAAAUCUUGACGAGUGGAAGCAAGGAGGUACAGCAAGACUCUCGGCUGCUGAUUUUGUUUCUGGGAAAGAGUCAAAAGAUAAAGGGAAUACGUGGUGGGAAGAGAGCAAAUCUGACAGUCGCCGCAAAUCGGGAAGAGCAAGACAGGCACAACCUCUCCAAAGAGACUAUCAGGACAACAACGCUCCAGCACUCGCUACCUUUGAUCCACCACUCUACCUGAAAUGUGGUCCUCUCUUGCGCUACACAGGCCUGAAGAGAGACAGACUGCAGAUGCAGACUAGAAGUGGCCCAUCCAGCAGCGAACGCGAGGCAUGGAGAGGUAGCGUCAUGAUCGUCACAGCGGAUGCCGACUCAUCAUAUGAUCCUGCACCAACUUUGCGCCUAUUCCCAGAAGCAAUGGAUCUCUUGCCUCCACCACCGCAACAUAUUGAUGCCGAAGACGGUCACGAGUUACCUGCUGAAUAUAUGGAUCCUAUAGCGGGCUUGCCUAAAUUGUCAAGAAGUGGAAAGACCGUAUACGUCAAGCCUGUAGACGAUCUCGAGCAAGGCGUGGACUUGUCGCGUCUUGAAGAUGAUGACGGGCUUUUCGAGGAAUUCCGUACUGCUGCGGUUCCGACAGCUUAUGGUACUCCCGACUUCCAUCCAGGACGUAGUAAUGGAACAUCGCAAACGAAUCCCAAGAUUGGAGGUCGUGGGGAGAGGGCACCAAAGAGAGGUCAACAAGUCAGGGGUGUUCGACUCCAUGCAGAGCGUGGUGUUACCUUCUGGCGUUUUAAUCUGGAGGUCGAGCUGAGUGUACAACAAACCCGCGUUGCUUACAGUAUCAACGGCUCGCCGUCUGUGGGAUUCUGGAUACCCGGAAGAGGCCAAUCAAUGAACGUGAUGUUCCAUAGCUGCAACGGUUUUAGUAUGAGCGUCAACCCGGAUAACUUCUCUGGGCCUGACCCUCUCUGGCGAGAUGUGCUCAAUUGCCAUCAGACACGACCGUUCCAUGUCAUGAUUGGUGGAGGGGACCAGAUUUACAACGAUGCUGUCAUGAGCCAAAGCCCACUUUUUCGGAAAUGGCUCGAGAUCAAGAAUCCACAUCACAAACAUGAAGCUGACUUUUCGCCGUCGAUGCACGAGGAACUCGAGACUUUCUAUCUGGAAAGGUACUCUAUGUGGUUCUCUCAAGGUCUUUUCGGCAUGGCCAGUUCCCAAAUCCCAAUGGUAAACAUGUGGGAUGAUCAUGAUAUCAUCGAUGGUUUUGGUUCCUACCCGCAUCACUUUAUGAGCACGCCAGUAUUUUGCGGUCUCGGAGCUGUAGCGUUCAAGUACUAUAUGCUGUUUCAGCACCAAAGUGUUCCAGACGAAGGGCCCGCUGAUGAGCCAAGUUGGCUCAUGGGAUCUGCACCUGGGCCUUAUAUCAACGAGCCUAGUAGGAGUGUUUUUGUUUCUCUUGGGAAGAAUGUCGCGCUUCUUGCUCUUGAUUGUCGCACAGAGCGAACAAGAGAAGAAAUCCUAAGCGAGGCUACAUAUCAGAUAGUGUUGGAUAGGUGCCGAAGAGAGAUCGUUGAGGGUGAAACGAAACAUCUUGUCGUGGUGCUCGGUGUACCUAUCGCCUAUCCAAGAUUAGUUUGGCUCGAGAACUUGAUCACAAGCAGAGUGAUGGACCCUGUCAAAGCCCUAGGCCGAGCUGGUAUGCUCGGAGGCUUCCUUAACAAAUUCGACGGCGGCGUGGAGAUCUUAGAUGAUCUGGACGAUCACUGGACCGCGAAGAAUCACAAACAAGAGAGGAACUGGUUUGUCCAGGAGCUUCAGGAACUGGCUGCAGAAAAGUCGGUAAGGGUGACAAUCCUUGGUGGUGAUGUUCAUCUAGCAGCGGUCGGCCAAUUCUACUCAAAUCCUAAGCUGAAGAUACCAAAGGACCGAGACCAUCGCUACAUGGCCAAUGUCAUCUCAUCUGCCAUCGUCAAUACGCCUCCACCGAACAAUAUGGCCGAUAUUCUCAACAAGCGUAACAAGACUCACCAUCUCGACGGUGACACCGAUGAGGACAUGAUUCCAAUGUUUAUCCAUGAUGUGAAUGGCAAGCUAAGAAAUAACAAAAGGCUCUUGCCACGAAGAAAUUGGUGCUCAAUUAGAGAGUACUAUCCAGGCUCCACACCUCCACCAACACCACCUCAGUCGGAGCCGCAAACCCCGAGCGACGAGUCUCCGCCCCCUCCAACUCGCCUUCAAAGGACCCUAUCAUUAACAAGGGGUGAUGUAAAACCUGGCAAUCUCAUUCGCCGACUCUCAGGUCGUGGGCCACCGCCAAGCAACGACUAUCCGCCUUCAAACAAGUACGACACUGGAGAUUCUUCAUCCUCGCCUCCGCCUGAUGGCUACUUCCCUCCUCAGCCCAAAAUACCUCAAAGAGCUGUCACCAUCAGCGGCAAUGGCGAUCAACGCCAUAGCUCCGCCCCUCUUCCACGUCCCGGCAAUUUCCACCGCCGUCCGACCAACAUGAGCGAGAAAGCUGCAGCGAAAGGAGGAGACCUGGAUGACAUGACAGGUCACAUCAAUCUUGAGCAUGGACUGGAUCUAGUCUUGAACUGUGAAGUCAACCAGAAAGAUCCAGCAGGUAUCACCGUUCCUUACCGGCUUCUAAUUCCAGCGCUUUGGUACGAAGGAGAAGGAGACGUCAAUACCGAGACGUAUAAGAAGAAGGGCCUUUUAUCUCGGCUAGGCAGUAUCAGAGGUACCAGGAGAAACACUCUGGCCGGCAGUCAAGGUCGGAGCAACUGGGGUCGGCAAGACAGCCUAACACCAAGUGGGAGCGAGGGUGAGACUGAGGAUGAGGAUGAGGACGAGGCAGAAACUGAACCAGUCAAACCUCGACGAUGGAGCUUUGGAGUCUCCCAAAGGAGGCAGUAUCGAGAUCAGACGCCCCCUCUCGAACGGGAAUAUGGCGAUCAGCGGCCCCAGAGGCAAAGAGAUUUCGAAGAUCGUAACCAGCAGAUUGGACAAACAAAACAGAAACCCUUCUCGAUGCCGCCAAGGCAGAAAAGGCAAUAUGGAGAGCUGGGUCAGCAGCAAGGCCAGUUCGUUAAUUCUGAUUAUGACGAGGCACGGUAUGAUUCUGUUGAUUAUCACCAGCAUCUUGAUGCGAGUCCCCCAAAUCCGAACAGCGGGUACCAACGCAAGCCGAGUAAGGUCGACCGCAUGCUGGGUGUUGGUCCUAUGGCGCGUGCCAACAGCUCCUCAGCGAACGGUGGGAUUAACCCGCCGAGCUCCGCCGACGCUCAUACGAGUGUCCAGACUGGCGCCCCAGGGUAUCCUGAGAGUGGCGGCUCCGAGAGCGAGGAAUAUGAAGAAGAGCCGCCUAAGAAUUCAUCGAGGCCCGCUUCCCAGGGUUAUAGUGGCAUUGAGGCGUAUUCGGAGAAGAAAGAUACAGGGUGGAGAAAGUUCCUGAAUAAGGUCAAGGAUAUCGAGGAGAAAAGUUCUGGCCGACGUCCCCCGGCCAAUUGA